CUUCACAUACUUUUUUGCACUUAACGCUGUACACAACAAGCUCACUAAAGCAAUUUUUUUUAAGAGAAAGAUCUAAGAAGAAAAGAAGAAAAAAAGAAAACCUUUGAGCUUCGAUUUUGGUAUUUGUUUCAUGGUUUUUUGGGUAAGUUACUCGCGAAGCACGUUUAGUUCAGAUUCGUUUAUUAUUUUGAGUUUAAUUGAUUUGAUCCGUUUGAUAAGUUGAGAUGUCGGCUGCUGAACUCGAUUCUUGAGGUAACUGCUGUUUCUACCUUGAUUUUGGUUGCGAAUGGCGGGACAGAUUGAAGAGCCUUUCAGCAUUAGUUCUCAGGCAGAAUCUUUGCAUUCUGGUUCUAUAUCAUUUGGGAGAUUUGAAAAUGAACCCCUAGCUUGGGAAAGGAGAUCCUCUUUCUCGCACAAUAGAUAUCUUGAAGAGGUUGAGAAAUACUCAAAACCAGGUUCAGUUAUUGAGAAGAAAGCUUAUUUUGAAGCUCACUUCAGGAAGAAGGCACUUCUUCUUCAAGGUUCAUCUGAGGACCAAAAUGCAGUAGAAUAUCAAACCUGUGAGAGUGAUGCUGUGGAGAAUGAGGUUUACAAUCAAACAGGUGAGAAUGAUGCUGCAGAGAACGAGGGUUAUGGAGAUGAAUCUAAUAGUCUAUGUAAAGGUAGCCAUUACAAUCAUUUUGAUGAGAAGAGCUUGGAUGAUGUAGAUUAUGGGGAAGAUAUUUGUUAUGGAAAUGAAGGGAGCCUAUUUUAUCAUGAAAAUGAAGGGAACAAGUUUGAUCAUGCAAAAGAAGAUAGCCUUUGUGCUUGCUUUGACAAGAGUCCUCAAGAUUCAGAAUAUCAUGGUGAGGGUGCAUUGACCGAAUGUGGAAGAGAAUAUCCUGGUGUUUUAUCUGCCCAUGAAACUCAUGUUUUGGUGCCUGGAGAUGUUAAAGCUGAGGAAACUCAUCAAAGUGAAAUUGGAUGUGAUGAGCCUCUUAUAAGCAAUAAUAAACCAGAGACGGAAGUAGAAGAAAACCUUGAUGAUGAUGCAGUUAAUAUUGAUGAAUCAUUUAAGUCCAGGGAUCCAUCCCCCAACAAUGAAAUCACUAGAGAAGUUGGUACUACUAAUUUAGAAAUUCGGCAAAAUCAUUCUCCAAAGUUGAAUCCUGCUAUUGAAAAUAAAACUACGAAACCAAGGUUGAAGUCUCUGGUGAGUCCUGACCAUUCCCAAAAAAACAUUUAUUGUGAUCCAUCAAAAGUAGCUGCAAGGAUUCAAGUAAAAAGGGAAAAAGAGAUUACAAGGAGAACAAAAGCAGAAAAACUGCCAUUACAAACGGCCACUCCAACUAAACGUUCAAUGCUUAGAUCUCCAAAGGAAGAGGAUUCUAAGAGAUUCAGUACAAAACUAAGCAUUGAGAAUAAAAGUUUAAAAGGACCAAUGACAAAGAAAGUAAUUGAAGCUCAACCUUCUUUAUCCAAGAAGAAUGAACCUGUUGCUCGCCUGACACCAAACAUGCUUAAGCAGGCUGUCAGUUCAACUAAGACAGAUGUAAAUUCAAGUGCUGGAGCAUUCGAUUUCAAAAGUGGUGUACGAGCAGCAAGGAGAAAAGAGUUCUACAUGAAAUUGGAAGAGAAAAUGCAUGCCAAAGAGGCUGAGAUGAAUCAGAUUCAAGCAAGAACACAGGAAAAGACAGAGGCUGAAAUUAAGCAAUUGCGGAAAAGCCUUAAUUUCAAAGCAAAACCGAUGCCUUCUUUCUAUCAUGUUGUUGCAAAACCAGGGUCUACUGGAAACAAGGCUGUAUCAUCUACCAUGAAACCUGCUAAAGUACAAAAGAAGUCAGCAAGUACGGGGAUGGGUGCAACUCCAAGAUCACCAUCAGUCUCCAGGGAAGCAAAUAAACUGGUCCUUUCUGCUAGUGGAUCUGUAGAUGAGUUGAAUUAUCCUACAGUUGAGUCAUCUCAAGCUGGCACCAUGUCUUUGGCUCGACCAACUGAAUCUAUGACACAAUAUGUUGUCCUUACGAAGAAAGAGCGAGAGAAAGAAGGCAAUAAUUUGUCAAAACAUCGAAUAUCAGCGGGUGGUAAGGUUGUAAAAGAUCAUAAGAUUGGUGGCAGGCCGAAAGUGGGAGACGAGAGAAAUAGCAGUAAGAUGGUGAGGAAGAAUAUCAAGAGUGCUGCAAUUGCCAAUGCUUCUGGGAUGGGUCGUUUGGCAGUUGUGGCUUCCUGAAACGAUCUGCCACGGUCUCCCUUCUUCACCCAAUAUCCUUUCCCAUUUGGCCUAGGCAGCCAACACAGGUACCCUCCAUUCUAAUCAUGUGUUGCCUUCAAUGCAAAAUUGAAUUAAACCGUACCAGAAUGUCGAUUGUCCGGUCACAUUGAAAUUCCUAUUUCAUGCAGAAGUAGAGAAAUGACAGCCAAUAAUCAUAGGUUGUUGAUAUUAGUAUAUUUCCUCCAUUGUACUUGUUUUCGUUACUCAAAAAAACUUGAAUUAUGCAGCGUGCAAUGUAACAUUUAGCUGGGUCAACUAAAAAUGGUGGUAAUUUUAUUGUGAUCCUGAUCUCAUUAAACGUUAUAGAAAUUGUUCUAAUCCUGAUAUCAUUUACUUGAAAGCAAGUGAUAAAAAAAGCGUGUAAUAUUGCAGCAAUUUUAUUGUAAUCCUAAUCACUUAGAGCCGUUGAGCAAUAAUGGCAAGCAAAUAUCAACCACCCUAAACCUAAUCAAACCAAAUCAUCAGUCUUAUUCAUAGAUAUUUAUAUGUUUUUUCUCUGUUAGGUCAUAUUUUCUGAAACGUCUAAAAUACAAAGGUUGGUUCGGCACGCAACAAUGUUUGCAGUGGAAAAAUUUUCUGUUAAAGGACAUUACUCUUUCAAAGAAAAAACCAUCAUAGUGAUGUCCUAAAACCAUAAUAGAACUCUGCAAAUUGUCAAAAACUGAUGUCCUAAAACGAUAAUAGAACUCUGCAAAUUGCCCAUACUGAUCCAAAAUAGGUGAUGCAAUCAAGUGGGUUCGCAAAGUU